GCCAGCAGCUGAGAGAUCCAAGAAACUCACCCUGAGACUGAAAAUGCGCUGGGGAUUCCUGUGCCAGUUCCUGGGGCUUUGGUAUUACCUGUGCUAUGUGCAAGCCGUGCCUGUCCAGAAAGUCCAGGAUGACGCCAAAACCCUCAUCAAGACCAUUAUCAUCAGGAUCAAUGACAUCGCACACCUGUCUCUCUCCUCCAAGCAGAAGAUCACUGGCUUGGAUUUCAUUCCUGGCCUCUACCCUGCUGUGAGUUUGUCCAAGAUGGACCAGACACUGGCCAUCCACCAAGAGAUUCUCACCAGGUUGUAUUCCCAAAAUGCGGCGCAAGUAUCCAAUGACCUGGAGAACCUCCGGGCCCUUCUUCACCUGCUGGCCUCCUCCAAGAACUGCCCACAACCUCAGAUGAGUGGCAUGAAGGUCCUAGAGAGUCUGAACGGUGUUGAGGAAGCCUUUCGCCACUCCACAGAGGUGGUGGCUCUGACCAGGCUGCAGACGUCUCUGCAGAGCAUACUGACGCAGCUGGAUCUCAACCCUGGGUGCUAAGGCCCCGAGGGCCAUUCUUCCUUCCAAGGGCCACGUGGAGGGAAGACACUGGCUUCCAUCUGUCUCCAGGAAGUAAGAACUUAAUUGGGACUAUGUUCAUUUCCAUCACUCCUCUAAGCCAUCCUUUAAGAUUCCGUGUUGCUUAAAACCAAAGCUCUAUACACAAUUCCAUGCUUACCUCGAAGGGGUCUCACCCAGCUCAGAGUGGAUUGUGCAUACAACUGUCAUCACAUUCUUCAGCCAUUGACAGGAGUCAUCCUAUCCCCUUUCUGUUCCAUCUCUCUGUGCAUGCUUCACUGUGACCAGGGUGAUUUCAAAGGGUCAUUUAGUCCUUCAAAGCCUUUGGAUAUGCUCAAAGUUCUGUCUGAGAACUCUAGGGAGCCUCAUGAAGGCUACAUCCACCCACAGCUGGAAACUCCCAAGAAACACAAGCAUUUAUUUAUCAUGUAAUUUACUCUAAUGGCUUUGAAGUAAAGCACCAGCUUUUUCCAGGCUGUGAGGUUAGCCAAGGCUGGGUGGAUGCUCUUGGAGGGUGCUAUUUCUAAUUCCAUUGGUGGGUCUGGCUGAAAUAAACCUACUUUGAGGGGUUGGGGGGUUAGGGUUAGGAUUGACUAAGCAAAAGCCAACCAAAGCAGUUAUCAAGUUAGUUUUUCAGUGACUAAUUUGGUUUCUAAUAUGACUGACUUUAGGUUAUAGUGUUUGCAAUGGCAUCGCCCUGAGUCAAGGGCUAGUGUAUUUUUAAAGAGAUGAUGAAUGCUGUGUGAGUGAUGGUUCUGCCCAAGCAAACUUGAGUCAAAGCAAUAUACUUUAAGACUGGGCACUGCUUUGUGCUCAACCCUAACUGGUGCUGUGAGCUACAGAAGCUCACCAGAUAAAUAUGGAAGUCAGGGAUGCUGAUUUUCACCAGAGUGCAAAGGUACAGUGCUGUCUUUAGUGGGUGGGAAAUGGCCUGAGAUGAAAAUAGCAGUGGCUAGGGGCCCACAGAUAAUUCUGCCUGCACUCUGUAGCAUUUGCAUACUCUUCAGGGCACAUUAGCAUCUAUUGCCAUGUAGCACAUCCUGUUGAUGUAGGAGCACUGCAUCUGUAAAAAUAAGGAAAUACAGACUGAACAGCCAUAUUCAAAAUCUUAGGACCAAGGUGUUUUAGAUUUGGGAUCUUUUAGGGAUUUGUGGAUUCAUAAUGAGAUUAUUUGGGGGAUAGAACACAUGUAUAAACAUAAAAUUCAUUUAUAUUUUAUAUAUGCCUUAUACACACUUUGAAGAUGAUUUUAUACAAUUUUUCAAAAUAACUUUUUGCAUGAAACAAGGUUUAAUGGGGUGGAAUUUUCCACACAUGGUGUUUUGUCAUCACUCAAAAGUUUGGGGUUUUAGAGAACUGUAAAUGUCUUUUUUUUUUUUUUUUGAUGAGACAUGAAUAUCUUGUACUUAAGAUUCUAACAGCCAACAGGAAGCAGAAUCAGGCCUAGAGCGCAGGCCCCCAGACCCCCAGAGUGGUCUUCUAGCCAGGCACUGCUGUCUGGAGUAGGCUGGUCCAGGAGCAGUCACAAAUGCUAAUUGGAAGAGAAAAGUUAGGGGAUGGAUUUUAAAGAGAGUGAGAGAUGUGGGUUUCCUGCCAGGAGGCUGUUGAGAGCCGGAUCCAUGGAAAUACAGCAAGUGACAGUGAAAGACAGAGAAAGAGGAGAUGGGAUGGGAAAUGACAUAUUGAAGGGGCCUUACAGGACACAAAAGUUGGCUAUUCCAAUCUCAAGUUCUGGAGCAGAGGAGGCAAGGUGGGCAGGGGCAGGCAGCUCUGAGAACUGGGCAGAUCAUCUCAGCACCUCAUCAGGCUGAGAUGUCUUGAGCCUUUUGCUCAUAAGACCUAGAACAUAGCUCAUUCCCAGAGUAUGAAACUUCUCACCUGAACAUGCUUAUCCUUUUUUUUUUUGUAAGAAUAGCAAUAAAAUUUUUUAAAGCA